GGUAAAGCGUUGAGCACAGUCACGUUUACAUAACGAUAUCUUUUGAAGUCGCCAAGUCGGGUUCAGAAAAAUCAACGAAAAUGCAGAACAUUACAAUUUGUGUUGUUUUUUUGGUUUUAGGCUCGUUCCUGUUUUUGACUGCUGGAGCUCAAGAGGCUCAAGAGCCUGUCAAAUUAGUCGAUAUUUAUGAUGAUCUUCCAGCAGGUAUUAAAACCAUAAUAGAUAAAUAUGACGCCGAAAAAGGUACAAUCAACUAUGAGACAUUCCUAACCGAGUUGAAAAAAGUUGAUGCUGAUUAUAAAAUGUUGAAAGAGAAGUUGAAGCUUACAGAUGAGCUUACUAAAGAGACUCUCCAAACUCUGUUUGAAGAAUACAAAACGAGGGUUCAGCCUGCAAAACCGAUGGUGAAAUUAGCCGAUAUUUAUGAUGAACUUCCAGCAGGUAUUAAAACCAUAAUAGAUAAAUAUGACGCCCAAACAACUGACAUCGACUAUCAGGCAUUCUUGGGGGAGUUGAAAAAAGAUGAUGCUGAUUAUAAAAUGUUGAAAGAGAAGUUGAAGAUAGAAACUAUUUCAGACCUUACUGAAGAGAAACUAAAAACUCUGUUUGAAGAAUACAAAACGAGGGUUCAGCCUGCAAAACCGAUGGUGAAAUUAGCCGAUAUUUAUGAUGAACUUCCAGCAGGUAUUAAAACCAUAAUACAUAAAUAUAAAGCCCAAACAACUGACAUCGACUAUCAGGCAUUCUUGGGGGAGUUGAAAAAAGUUGAUGCUGAUUAUAAAAUGUUGAAAGAGAAGUUGAAGCUUACAGAUGAGCUUACUAAAGAGAAACUCCAAACUCUGUUUGAAGAAUACAAAAAGCCAGAGAAUAGUUCAAGUAGAAAUGGUGUUACUAUAGUAACAGUUGUCAUGGUUUCUGUGGUCUCAAUGUUGGUACCCUAUUUGAAAUAAUUCUGAUUGUUUUAUAUUUUAUCUUUGUGUUUGUAAUAUUUAGGGGGAUGGGGUGGGGCUAAUAUUUAGUAAUAAUACUCAACUACACGCUUUUAUAAUGGAGGUCUAGAUGUUGAUGGUUUUUUCUUGAGGUUUCACUUCCCACUUAUGAUCUGGCUUUAUGAUUUAAAACUUAUUUCCAGUUGUUUUGUAUGUUAAUUACCUCGAUUCUAUAAUAAUAUUUAUUUUUGUCCUAAAUUUUUUUAACCUUUUGUUCUGUGAUUUUUCCUAAUAAAUAUAUUCUUAGACUAUGUGGACUCUCUGAAAACCUAGAGAGCAAAUAAACAAUAUAAAAACAAUGUGGACUCUCAGAAAGAGAUGUAGAGUUGACAUAAAUACCAAAUAAAUGCCCCACUUUUGGGGGUUGAAUUGA